CCCGAAGGCCUAAGCCUGUAGGCUGAAGCAUCGAAGCUGAAGUUCCGUAGCAGAAAGCGUGAGCCACCCCAUGAUCAUAAAUACGCUGACCCACUCCCCCUUCAUUCCUUCGUCUAUAAAAGGAGUUGCAGAGCUUCAUUCACAGCAUAAACCAAAUUCCCCAUUUAUUUCAUUUCGCCUGCACAAACUUAUUGCUCUGCCGCUCUCUCCUUCCCUUUUGUUUUCUAUUUUAUUCUUUCUUCUUUUUGUUCUUAAAGACGCAGUGGGGAAUGUCUUUCUGCUCCAAACCUGCUCUCUCUCCACUCUCUCUCUAACAAAUAUAUAUAUAUAUAUAUAUAUAAAAUAAGAAUAAAGCGAGCUAGAGAUACAGACAAAGGGCCAUUGCUUUGGGGAACGGAGAGGGUCAUGGGUUCACCAGCUUUUUUAACUAUCAAAAUCUUCCUGUUGGCAGUGUCAUAUUCGUGGGUUUCUUCGGUCACAGCUUCUGUGUCUUAUGACCAUAAAGGUAUCAUUAUCAAUGGGCAGAGGAGAAUCCUCAUUUCCGGGUCCAUUCACUACCCAAGAAGCACUCCCGAGAUGUGGCCGGACCUCAUACAAAAGGCCAAAGAUGGGGGCUUGGACGUCAUUCAGACCUAUGUCUUUUGGAAUGGUCACGAGCCUUUUCCUGGAAAAUAUCAUUUCAAGGGAAGGUAUGACCUGGUUCGGUUCAUCAAAGUAGUACAGCAAGCAGGCCUUUAUGUUCAUCUUCGAAUUGGUCCCUAUGCGUGUGCUGAAUGGAACUUUGGGGGUUUCCCUGUUUGGCUGAAGUAUGUUCCGGGCAUGGUUUUUAGAACGGACAACGAGCCUUUCAAGGCGGCAAUGCAAAACUUUACAGAGAAGAUAGUCAAUAUUAUGAAGGUGGAAAAGUUGUUUAAAUCUCAAGGAGGUCCAAUAAUUCUGUCCCAGAUAGAGAAUGAAUUUGGACCAGUUGAAUAUGAAAUUGGUAAUCCUGGUAAAGCUUAUACACAAUGGGCUGCCAAAAUGGCUGUUGGUCUAAACACUGGAGUCCCAUGGGUGAUGUGCAAACAAGAUGAUGCUCCUGAUCCAAUCAUAAACACCUGCAAUGGUUUCUACUGUGAAGGCUUCUUUCCUAACAGUAACACAAAACCCAAAAUGUGGACAGAAGUCUGGACUGCCUGGUAUACAGCAUUUGGUGGUCCAGUCCCUCAUAGACCAGCAGAAGACCUGGCAUAUGCCGUUGCUAGGUUUAUACAAAAUAAGGGUUCAUUUUUUAAUUACUAUAUGUAUCAUGGAGGCACAAAUUUUGGCCGGACAGCUGGCGGUCCCUUCAUUGCAACUAGCUAUGAUUAUGAUGCUCCGAUUGAUGAAUAUGGAAUACAAAGGAACCCAAAAUGGGGGCAUUUGAGAGAUCUGCAUAGGGCCAUCAAGCUAUGUGAAGAGGCUUUAGUUUCUGUUGAUCCCACUGUGAUGUCACUUGGGAGAAAUCAGGAGGCUCAUGUCUUUAAGGCACAAUCUAGUUGUGCUGCAUUCCUCGCAAACUAUGACCCGACAUAUUCUCUGAACGUGACCUUCAGAAAUGUUCUUUAUGAACUGCCUCCUUGGUCUGUCAGUAUUCUCCCCGACUGCAAGACUGUAGUUUUCAACACUGCAAGGGUUGGGGCCCAAAGCUCAUUGAUGAAGAUGAUAGAUGUGAAGGAUGUAACAUUCUCUUGGCAGUCGUAUAAUGAAGUGCCUGCUGCUGCGGAUGAUGCUGAUGCAGUCACGGUGGUAGGGUUGUUGGAGCAAAUAAAUGUCACAAGAGAUAAUUCAGACUAUUUGUGGUACAUGACAAGUAUCAAGAUAGAGCCUGAUGAAGGAUUUCUAAAGAAUGGGCACUAUCCUCUACUCACAGUUAUGUCAGCAGGCCAUGCUCUGCUUGUCUUCAUCAAUGGUCAACUGGAAGGAAAGGCAUAUGGGAGUAUAGAUGAUCCAAGACUAACAUUUAGUGACAACGUGAAGCUGGAUGUUGGCAUUAACAAGAUCUCUUUACUGAGCGUUGCUUUGGGUCUUCCGAAUGUUGGGCUGCACUUUGAGUUGAGGAAUGCUGGUGUUCUUGGCCCAGUAACACUCCAAGGUCUCAACCAGGGGAAAAUAGAUUUGUCUGGUUGGAAAUGGUCUUACAAGAGUUUGAAAGGUGAAGCAUUAAAUCUUCAUUCCUUCGGUGGAAUUUCUUCUAUUGAGUGGGCUGAAGGAUCGUUGUUGGCUCAAAAUCAACCUCUGAUGUGGUAUAAUACGAAUUUCGACGCACCAGGUGGCAAUGAGCCUUUAGCUUUAGAUAUGAGUAGCAUGGGAAAAGGGCAAAUCUGGAUAAAUGGCGAGAGCAUUGGACGCUACUGGCCUGCAUAUACAGCACAUGGUACUUGUAAUGCCUGCAGUUAUACUGGAAUUUAUAAUGAGACAAAAUGCCAAACCAAUUGCGGACAGCCCUCUGAAAGAUGGUACCAUGUUCCACGCUCAUGGCUGAAGCCAACUGGGAAUUUACUAGUUGUCUUCGAAGAAUGGGGAGGUGACCCGACGGAGAUCACCUUGGUCACGAGAACAGCAGAAAGUGUUUGUGCUGAUAUUUUUGAAGGUCAGCCAUCGCUGAGAAGUUGGCUUGUGGAAUCUGGCAAGGCACUGCCCAAAGCCCAUUUGUCGUGUCCACCUGGGAAGAAAAUGUCUAAAAUAAAGUUUGCCAGCUUUGGAUUGCCACGAGGGACAUGUGGAAGCUUCAAGGAGGGAAAUUGUCAUGCCUACAGGUCAUAUGAUGCUCUUGAAAAGAAUUGCAUUGGGCAGCAAUCUUGUUCCGUAACUGUAGCUUCUGAAGUUUUUGGAGGAGAUCCAUGUCCGGGUAGCAAUAAGAAACUCUCAGUUGAGGCUGCCUGCAGCUGAAGUAAAAAAAAAUGAUUAGCAAAGUAAGUGGUGGCCAAGUGAAUUCUUUGGUCACUAAAACUACAUUUUACAGCUU